AUGGCUCUCCCCGUCGAAUAUAUUAUCCUAGGACUUGGCAACAUUGAUCCAGACUACAAAUACACCCGACACAAUGCUGGCUCCAUCUUCAUAAACUACCUCGCAAACGCAAUAGCCAUGACUUCAAACCCUGCCGGAGCUGCUGACGGCUCAUACCCAAAGCCCGUAUUUGUUAGACGCACGGAUCUCUCAGCAGAUAUACACGAUAUCACAUUCAACCUGUCUGCAACUUCUUCUAUACGAGUAGUACUCGCUAAGCCGCUGACAGGCAUGAACGAUAGUGGGCUUGCAGCACAGAAGCUUCUUGUGCAUUAUGGCAUGACGGAUCUGGCAGUCGUUGCCAAGAAGCUCAUUGUGGUAUUUGAUGAUAUCAACCAAUUGCCCGGAUCGAUUGCUGUACAAGACGGUGGUGAUCUCAAGAGCGUACAAGGACACAAAGGAGUUGAGAGUAUCGCUACAGCCAUAAAUACCAAUAAUUUCAUACGGUUUCGUAUUGGAAUUGGACGACCUACUGCUCCUGUUACGGUUGUUAAUUACGUGUUGACGCAAUUCACUAAGGAGAACAAGGAAAUGGAUUUGCUUGGAUAUUCACUGCAACAGCUUGUUGAAGCACUUCGACACUUGGCAGAUACUCGAGAUCUGAAAUCGACCAAGAAAAAGUAUGCCAAUUCUCUCAAGCUACCCAAGAAUCUGCCAACAAUGGCUGGGUUGGAGUUUCCAGUUGAGACUCAUGGUUUUUGA